AUGAUGAGGAAGGGACAGUUCCCUCCUCAUUGUGGUAUCAGGACUCGCAUCAAUUCGGCCUUCCCAAACAAUCUUACACAGCGCAACGUUCACAUCGAUUUUGAGACGAUUUCUUGGCCACGCUCCCGUGGUAUGCCAAGAAAGGCAAUCAUCAAUAAUUUCAGCGCCGCAGGUGGAAACACCUCCAUCUUAGUUGAGGAGCCCAUGAACUUGGCUCCAUCAACCACGGCCGCACAAUGCAAGACUCGGCCAACUUACCCAGUGGCCCUCUCGGCGAAAUGUGCAAAGUCUCUAAGAAGGAACAUCCAGUCAUUGGUUGCCCAUCUCUCGGAUUCAGAAGUUGCCCUUCCCGAAUUGUCCUAUGCCACUACCGCCCGCCGCAUUGCUCACGGGCACCGUGUCGUCGUGGCUUCCAACAGCAUUGCGAGUAUCAAAUCCCAACUAGCAGAUGCCCUGGAUGGCGAUGUGGGCAGCAAGCGCGUAAUUCCACCAAGGCAAAUGCUUUUUGCAUUUACCGGACAAGGAUCACAGUAUCCAGGCAUGGGAAAGCAGCUCCUAGAAUCAUUAGACGCGUUUCGGGACCAAAUUAUUCGAUUCGAUCAGCUGUCUCGGCGUUUAGGGUUCCUCGAGAUCCUUCUCCUUUUCAAUGCGAGCAGCGGAGACAACAUCUCCAAUUACCCUCCGGUUGUCGUUCAGCUUGCCAAUACUUGCAUGCAAAUCGCGCUUGCCCGUAUAUGGAUGUCUUGGGGAAUCACCCCAACCGCUGUUGUUGGCCACAGCCUCGGCGAAUACGCAGCAUUGAACAUCGCGGGUGUGCCUGGUCAGACUCGGACACUAUUUUUCUCGUCGGCCGCCGUGCAAUGCAUCUGCAGGAACGCUGCGAACAAUCUUCGCACAAAAUAA